GGCCACUCAAGUGUGCAGUACUCCCAAACAAUGCAAAGCACGCAAAAAUGGAGUACCCUCAAAUCGAUUUAUAUGAAUUCCUCACCGAGUCCGAACUGCAACAGUACUACAAUGCCAUCAAAAAUGAAUUGAAAAUAACGAACGCGGCGCAAUUUAAAUAUGCAGCAGAUGAGGAUUUACGAUUUAUUGGUCUGUCUCGACCGGAAAUACGAAGACUGCGUAAAUUCUAUGAGAAGCAUUUUCCUCACAGUUACCUCAGUAAGAUCAAACGACUGCUGCAGGCGCCCACCACAAUUGUUAAGCGCGAGGAUGGCGCAAGCGCAGGCGCACAAGCCGCAGUGGACAGCAGCAGUAAUGCGUCAGUAUCAGCAAACAAAAACGGCGCCAGCUCGCCCAGUAAGGUGCCCAACAACAAGCACAUCAUACCAGCCGAUUCUAUCAGCGUCAAUAAACAGCUGGGAACCGGCGAGUUUGGAAUCGUGCAACAGGGCGUCUGGACCAACGGCAGCGAACGUAUUCAAGUGGCAAUCAAGUGUUUGUGCCGAGAGCGCAUGCAAUCAAAUCCCAUGGAAUUCUUAAAGGAAGCAGCCAUCAUGCAUUCCAUUGAGCAUGAAAAUAUAGUGCGCCUGUAUGGCGUCGUUCUGGCCACAGACUCGUUAAUGCUGGUUACGGAAUUGGCGCAUUUACGUUCCUUACUCGAGUGCCUUAAGGACUCUGGGUUGCGCGUCAGCUUUCUAACCAUACCGACACUAUGCGAGUUUGCGCUGCAAAUAUGCAAUGGUAUGCGCUACCUGGAGCAGAAGCGUCUCAUACACAGAGAUUUGGCAGCGCGCAAUAUACUGGUCUUCAGCAAGGAUAAGGUGAAAAUAUCAGAUUUUGGACUGUCGCGUGCCUUGGGUGUGGGCAAGGAUUAUUACAAGACCAACUUUAAUGUUAAUCUAAAGCUGCCCAUUGCCUGGUGUGCGCCCGAGUGCAUCAACUAUUUGCGUUUUACCAAUGCCUCCGAUGUCUGGGCCUAUGGAGUUUGUCUCUGGGAGAUGUUUUCCUAUGGCUUUCAGCCCUGGGCAGCGCUUACAGGCCUCCAAAUAUUGGAAGCCAUUGAUGCGCCCAACUAUCAGCGAUUGGAGCAGCCUGAUUGCUGCCCCAGUGAAUAUUAUACACUGAUGAUGAAAUGCUGGCAAGAUGAUGCUGCAAAAAGGCCAAAAUUCAGUGAAAUUUACGAGCAACUUCCUGACAUGAAGCCAGAACAAUUGAAGGCUGUUGUCAAUUGGACAGAGCCGAAAAAGGACCACCUGAUAUACAGACAGGGUGACAUUAUCAGUGUAUUGGAUCGCAACACUGGGACACCAUAUUGGAAGGGCGUGCUUAGCACGGGCAAGACAGGAUAUUUCAAUCCUUCGAAUACUGUCGCAUUUCUGGAGGGUUUACCCAGCUCAAAUCGAGAUUCCUUUAGUCGCGUGGGCGACCAUCGCAUAAGCAAGCGCAAGCUGCGCACUGAGAUGAUUUCAAAGCCGCAAAAUGAUUUCAAGCACACUGGUCAUGUAGGCAUCGAUGGCGCCACUUUUGGUGACAUUGCGUUUUUAGGGAGUUCACAAAAUUACAAUCAUGUGCCCAAGCAAAUUGUCACACCGUACAAGCCAUCAGAGGAUAUUGAGCAGACGCCCCUGUUACUGCCACCCACCCCAACGAGCCCCGACUCGUUGCAGACUGCCAGUGGCUACUUUCCCGAGGGCUCACAUGCCACUUCCAUGAACCCAACAUUUAUACCCUCCACUGAAAAUACCCCCAAGCUGAUAUCCAACAAUGGGCAGAGCUCCUUUGAUUUUGCCACCAUUACAUCAUCGACCAAUCCGUUUGUGCUGGACAAACUAGACGAGGAUCAACUGGCAUUUGGGCUCCAGAAUAAUAACUAUGGCGGACAAGAUGGCAAGAGUAUCAAUUCGCGAAGCUCAGCCGGAGAUGCUAGUUGGCGAGCAUCUUUACGUCAAGCAACAGAUGAUCUGCAUGAAUAUCACGAGAUAUCAGACGAUGAAAUCGCUGGUGACAAACUCGACUUUGGUCCAUCACUAUUGGACGAAAUUAACUCAAUGUUCGGUUCAAUUAGUGGCCCUUCAGGCAAUCAGCCCAAAUCACCAGAUUUUGAGCAUGUUAACUCGAAAAACGAAUUUGUCGAAAUGACGGCCAAGUUUGGGAACAAGAGUGGCGACACAAAUGGCAACAAACACAGUCAUGGACUGCUGCCUACAUUGUCGAAGAAAAAAACAGCUGGCACCGUUAAGCCUAUAUCGGUGAAAGAUGAGAAGAUUCUCAAUCACGCCAUCGAUAUGGCCAAUGAGAUUAGUGCUAGAUCUAUGGUAGAUUUGGUUUCAGAACAUGCGCCAGCAACCCACAGUCCGAAACGCAAGUUCAGCUUUCGGUUCCCACAUUUGAGCAGCAGCGGCGACAAAUCGAGUGGAGGCGCCCCCACAGGCACCUCAGGAUCAGGAGGAGCACAUACGCCCACUCAUGGCAAUGCGUCACCCUUCUCCAAGAAGAAGAACUUCACAGAGGAACUGCAAAGCAUACCCGAUAUACAGCGAUUUCGCUCCUUGAGCGAAAUUAAGAACAGCACUGAGUUACGCAUUCCCAUCUUUGAUAAGGAGAGCUCGGACUUUUGCUUCGAGAAGUCGCGCGAAAUUCUCAGCCGUCCGCUAACACUUGAUGGCGCGGGCAGUGGUGGAGUCGGUUCGUCGCUAAAUCGCACGGGAGAGGCAAAAAGUAUUAACGACAACAUCAUGGAUAUUGAAAAUACCCUCAAGGCCCUGAAUUUGGAUUUUAUGCACACGUACACUGAGCUGGACAAGAGCGAUUCCAAUGAGACAAUUCUCAACGAUCAAUUUCCGCACAUGAUCUCCUCACUGGACGACGGCAUCAGCAGUGCUACUGGGAGUCUCAAGUCGGCAGUCUAUAGCUAUAGCAACGGAGUGCAGACUAUGUUCGAUUUCAAUGCCGCGACCAGCCAUCUGGACAAGCAUCUGCAGUACAUGCACAACCAGGCUCAAUUAAGCGCGGCCGUUGCCCACAGUGAGCAAAUGCAACAGCAGCAGGAGCAAAAGCAGCUUAUCGAGGACAAACGCUCGAGUACGCCGGACACGGGCUUUGCCUCGCGUGACACGAAUAUCUCGCUCUCACGCCGGAGCAGCCAAAAGUCCAGCUACAGUCCGCAGGAGAGUUACUUUCCCUAUAAAAGUGAGGCGGUGUUUAACGCGGGCAUAAAGGAUGAGCUCAGCGGCUACGAACGUUUCGGCCAGACGAAACCACAGCUAUUGUCAUGCGCCUCUCCCAUAAAGUCGACCCUGAAUGUGAGCAAUACCUCUGUUUAUUCUCCCAAUCAGUUGAAAUUCGAAGCUGGUGCAGCGAGCAAAAGUUAUCGGCAACGCUCGACUUCCUUCACGGAGAAUUUUAAUCCUAUAUCACCGGUGUUGUCAGAGCCUCAGCAAAGGAUUAAGCAUAGCGCUCUCAAAGCAGAGCAGCAAGCUCCAUACUGCAAACGCCCGACGCAUGAGACAACGUUGCCCAGGCGCUCGGCCUCCUACAAACCGCGGUCCAUUCGCGCGCGCACCUUGCGUCGCCUGAGCUACAACCCCAUGACGCUAGACUCGAGCUCUUCGAGCGGCGAGGAGGAAGCGGCGAGUGCUGGCGUCAGCUGCAAGCCCAAUCUAGCACGCUCCGAGUGUGACAUACGCGCAAGGGUUUCCUCCCUCUACAGACGUCGUCGUCCCGGGCUCAACAGACAGGUGCAGUCUGCCGGCCACGACGAGCGCGAGAUCGUUGUUUCUCCACGCAAUAUUUACGGCUCCAAUUCCAGCAUUAAGUCCGCUCCGCACUACAAUUUUGGGGGCGGAAAUCGGCGAAGCUUCCACUGCCGCACCACAUACGAGCAGUUCAACUACGAUGAGCGCAUUUAUGACUUUGGCGGACGUGGGCCUGGCAAUAAUUACGGUGGCGCACCUGCACAACAGAAUGUGUUCCAGCUACAAAAGCCGCCAAACUACAUGCUCAAUGGGGCUGAGCUGCCUGGUUCAGGUUCAGGAUCCUCGUCAGCUGCCUCUUCAGCUGUGAAUGCCACCUAUCGUACCAAUUGCUCAAAUGGGGGUGGAGGUGGUGCCUCAGUGCUGCGCCCCUUAAGUGGCACAGCGCUGCAUGAAUUCGACGUUAGUCGGUUAACCGGAAAGAGUCCCACGUCCACUAACUUCGUGGGUUCAUCGCCUGAUGAGCUCAAGCAACGCCAACUGUCGGCGAAUUCACUGCAGUUGCUUAUGGCUAACUCCGGAGGUAAGCCACAGCGCCCGACGGAGUUCCACUGGCCGGAGAAGAUACAUGCCUCGGCUGUGAAGCAGCACGAGCAGCACUGGCGACAGAUGCAGCACCAAAAGCAACAGGUUGUGGGCUCCAGCGUCUUUCGUGGGGCGAUCGCCAACUCGACGACCGCGGUGGUGGCGGUGGCGGGCGGCUCCAGUGAAAGCACCUCGUCUUCCAGCACGGAGAGUGGGGAUGAGUUUCAGUUUAGGCGGGAAUUCGCGCCUCAUAUACCGCCAAGUCCGGCGCCAUAACUAAGGAAAAUGCUGAAAUAUGUUCUCAAUUUACUGUUCGGUAAUGUUUUGUCUGAUUAGAGCGGCGCAAAGGAUCUCGUAUUGUGUUGGGAUGUGUGUGUAUGUGUGGGUGGGUUGGGUGUGUGUGCGGUGUGGUUAGGAGGACUGUCGAAAAGUAAAUUGUAGAAAUAUUUACAGCCUGCAUAGCAAAAAAAAAAAACAAGAAACAAAAAACAAAACGAAAAGAACGAAGAAAAACAAAAACCAAACAAAUUAAAGGUAUAUAUAUUUUUUCGAUUUAAUUUUUUUGAGAGUGUGCCUUAUUGGAAACACCGAAAACCUCUCAGAACGGAUAAUAAUGUGCACUUGCCAAUGGAAGUUUGCCACACUUCCUCAUGCACUUUUUACAAUACAAACAGUUGAAUUGAAAACAAUAAGCAAUAAAUAAAUAAAAAACGCACUGUCAAUAGUUCCGAUCAUUUAUGUGGCGCACAAACUUUUUACAGGAGCUCUGAUCUCUGUGUAUUGCCAAGCCGGAAAAUCGUGAGACAAUUUCAGUCCGCUCAAACCAUAAUUGCUGAAGCAUACGAUUUUCCGGCGUCUGCUUGUAAAAGUACUCCAAACGUGCCGCAUAAGUGCCCAAAAGGAAACUCCAAAACAAAUAGUCAGAAAAAACACCAAGCAAUCAAGUAAUAGCAGCAAUUAAGAAAGCAAUAUAAAAUCUCAAAUUUUAACGCAUAAGACUCGAAGUCACUCAAAUAACGAAGCAAGCUUCCAAAUGAUAUUCCAAAACUAGGCCACUGAGCCAAUGCAGCCGCCACUGGACAACACAAAAACAAUUUACAAUUUUCGUACAUUGAUACUAAUGUUUCAAAUAGAGCUUUGUUGUCUUUGGUGCUCCUGCAUGCAACAGUAUUACAAAUACAAAUACAACAACAACAACAGCAACAGCAACAAUAAAAACCAUAACAAAAACAGAUACAAACUCACAGACACACACACCCACACCCACACUCUACAUUGAAUUCACCAAGACAGGGUAUUGGAGGAUAAUCAUGCGAGAAUCAUUGGGGGGACUUUAAAAAGAUAUAUGAAUAACUGAACACAUCAAAUACAAAUAACAACAGCAAUAAAAGGAACACACAUAUAAACACAACCGUUGACAAUCCUCAAAAGCGCAAACCACAAUAACAACCAACAACCAACAACAACAACAUCAUCGACUAUAACAUUCAACAAGUGACCCACUACAGUUGAAAUCGAAAUUGGAAUCGUUGCAAAACUCUCUUACAUAUGCAAAACUUUUAUGUGCCAUAUCCUUAUGCUUGCAUUUUGACUUAAGACAAGCCAUAAGAACCCAAGUGUCGCAGCACAGAGAGCAUUUAAGCGAUCUCAACUUUAACUCUAAUCUAAAUGAUAAAUACUUAUCAUAGCAGCAUGAGAAGAAGAAAUCUUGAUAUUUAUUUAAAUGAGAAAACUCUUAAAGGUAUUUGCAUCUAACCAAAGCUAUUCAGCUAUUUCUAAUAUCUACAUUUUUUAUAACUUAUCAGA